AUGUCGUCGUCUUGUAGACGCAGAAAACACCGCGGAGGUGUAAUUACCAUCCAGACUGGCCCACACCGCAAGGCACGAAAUGCUGCUGCUCGCAAGGCAGGACGAUUAGCCAACGGUCUGCAGAGACUGAAUACCAUUCCUAGGAUGCCUACACCAGACCUGUCAGGUAUGGGACACACAACGGCGAACCAAGCCUCGUCGUGUCUUCUAAUAGCGCGCCAGCCGCGAGAAUACGAUGUAGAGCGCAAGUCGCCUACCAGCAGGCCGUGUAUAACGAUGCGUUGA